AUGUCUCAUCGUCUUGGGACUCAUAGCGGCUAUGGCAACGAGGGAGACUUCAUCGCCGACCCACGGCAGAUGACUUCGAUGGCACCGAUUUACGACGCAAACCAAAACCUCUCCUGUAUCUGCCUGACAUCCGCAUACGAUGUGGCACAGUUCGUGGUUCGUGCCCUCGACAUGCCAACUUGGCCUUCCGAGAUGAGCAUGUGUGGUGAGCGUAUGACCGUCCAUGCCUUGGUCGAGGCUAUCAAGGCGUGCCGUAACCGACCAUGGGCUAGCAUUGACUACCAAGCCCCCGCCAGUACGCAGGUAUUCUUUACAGCAUCCAUGCAGUUGCUGACCGACUACGCAGAUCUCGAGUACCAAAUGACGAUGGCUCAACUGGGAGGAGACACAGCCGGACAGAGGCGGCUCGCACCGCUCCUCGCGACAGCGGAGGGGCGCUAUGAUUUUGCGGUACCCGCCUACCUUAACUCAGUCUACCCAGACGUGCAGGUCACUCGUUUCCAAGACUGGUUCCUGCGCAACUGGGCCUCGAUACCCACAAACACAUUCAAAAUGGUUUCUUCUCAGCAAGGCUACGCUCCCACCACCGUCGACAUGAAGGGUAACACCCAAGCUGUCAACGAGGCUCAGUCCAACCUCCCUCUCCCCGAACAGCCCCCUGUCGCCUCCGACUUCAACUCUGCCGAUGCCAGCACCGUAAACGUUGGCUCCGGUCGCCAAGAAGCCUCUUUCGCCUCCGGCGGUGGUGCCAUCCGCGAACCCGCUGUCGGUGCUGGCGGUGUUUCCGGACGUGAGGCCAAGGAUGGCCUUGGUGGCAUCCCCAACGACGCUGUCUCGCGCGAGGCUAAGGACAAGGCUGGUCUUGCCGACACCACCAACAAGGACUACGGAUACCCACAGAAGAACGACCCCAGCUCGGGCGCCAAGCAGUAG